AAAAAAUCACUGGGAUUCUUUUCCCCCCCAUAGCAUUUUUCAUCCUUUCCAAACGUGAAAAGACUGGCCAUCUGUCUGGACCCUGCUCCUGCCAAAGCAGCACGACAGCAGCUCUUUGGGGAAGGUGAUACGGCCGUUGUGCUGUCUCCAUCUGUGCCAGGGCUACCCUCCCAGCUAACACACGUCUCCUGUCCCCCGGUAGGAAAUGGAGUCGAAGGUCUCUGAAGGUGGCCUGAACGUUACCCUCACCAUCCGACUGCUGAUGCAUGGCAAGGAAGUUGGAAGCAUCAUUGGGAAGAAAGGAGAGACUGUGAAGAAGAUGCGUGAGGAGAGCGGGGCAAGGAUCAACAUCUCAGAGGGAAACUGCCCUGAGCGAAUUGUGACCAUCACUGGCCCCACUGAUGCCAUUUUCAAGGCUUUCGCCAUGAUCGCCUACAAAUUUGAGGAGGACAUAACCAACUCCAUGAGCAACAGCACCGCUACCAGCAAACCUCCGGUGACACUGAGACUGGUCGUGCCAGCCAGUCAGUGCGGCUCACUGAUUGGCAAAGGAGGCUCCAAGAUCAAGGAAAUCAGAGAGUCAACAGGUGCUCAGGUCCAAGUGGCGGGGGACAUGCUGCCCAACUCCACGGAGCGGGCAGUGACAAUCUCGGGGACACCCGACGCAAUUAUCCAGUGUGUCAAACAGAUCUGUGUGGUGAUGCUGGAGUCCCCACCAAAAGGUGCCACCAUUCCCUACCGCCCAAAGCCCGCCUCCACCCCUGUCAUUUUUGCAGGUGGUCAGGCCUAUACAAUUCAGGGACAAUAUGCUAUUCCACACCCGGAUCAGUUGACCAAGCUCCACCAGUUGGCUAUGCAGCAAACCCCCUUUACUCCCCUUGGACAGACCACCCCCGCUUUCCCUGGAGAAAAGCUGCCCUUACAUUCCUCCGAAGAAGCUCAAAAUCUGAUGGGCCAGUCAUCAGGUUUGGAUGCCAGUCCCCCGGCCAGUACUCAUGAACUCACCAUUCCCAAUGAUCUAAUAGGCUGCAUAAUCGGACGCCAAGGGACCAAAAUCAAUGAAAUUCGGCAGAUGUCGGGAGCGCAGAUCAAAAUCGCCAACGCCACAGAAGGGUCAUCGGAGCGCCAAAUUACCAUCACAGGAACCCCUGCAAACAUCAGCCUUGCGCAGUACCUCAUCAACGCCAGGUGA